AUGCAGAAGGAAUGCGAUCUGAAGGAGGACUUUUCCAGUGGAGUUCCUGUAGAUGGAAAUAGGAACAGUUGUGAGGAGAAAGAAGAGGAGGCUGAGGAGGCUGGACUGAGUGAAGAGGAUCAGGCUCCGGUGUUGUUACAGGUCAUCAAUUCUAUCAACUCAAAUGAAUUUGUAAGUAUGGAUUGUGAGAGAGCAUUUGGUGAGAAUUAUGAAGGUGAGGAUUAUACACACGGUGAAAAUUCUCCCUCAUCAUCCAAUGGUGAAAACAUUAGACGAAUUAUUUGUCGUUUAAAACAAAGUGCAACUGAGAUUACCCAAGCUUUGAAUACGCCUGAACAGGUUGAUGGUGGUCAGAGGUGUGAUCAAGUGAAGCUCAUCACGUCUUCAAGACACAUUCAACAACCAUGUAAUGAGGAGGGAGAGGGAAAUAUGGGCGCAUCGCCUUCCCCAGAAGAUGGAGGACAAUUUGGCGCAUGGGACAAUUGUGAUUGGCCAAGAGAAAACAUUCAAAGAGGAGCAGCAAUGCCUGCUUGUGGACAAAACAGUCUAUCAUCAGUUGAUGAACCGAUCCAAUCCCUGUGCACCGCAAUGCGUGAGAUUGAAAAGGUCAUUCAAUGCAUCGGUGCAUCGAGAAUGGAAUGUCCACCAACUACACCCUCCUUAAAGUCGUCACCGUAUUCUCAAGGAUUCUUAAAUUCGCCUCAAUUACACGAGUGGAUAGGGCUUCUUCAAAAUCUGGCUCAAUGUAUGCAACCUAAUGCGCAAUUUCCCAACAAUGACUUCAAGAGUAUGAUAAUGUGUACAGUGAAGAUUCUACAAGACAUUGAAAAGUCUCUGGAAGACCAGGAGUUCAAGACGUGCACCACACAUGCCUUUCAGCCAAGGAGCAACGGCCACUGUGGUGAAUAUGCGGACAAACCUCCCAUAAUCGGUUCGGAUGUAAAAGAGCUCACCGAGUCACCUCUACUCUCAAAGGUGAUUGAAAUGCUUGAGAAGAUUGUUCUCUCCCUUCGACCCAAUGCAACUCUUGUGGGCUGUGAUCUCGAUUCUUGGCUCUCUUGCCUAUUGUUGAUUGUGAAGGAUAUUGUACAAACUGAGUGUCUUGACUCAUGCAAAUUGCAGACAUUUGGAAAGCUUUUAAAAUGUCUUGAAGGUGAAAUAUGUCGACAAGGUAAAGGGGAUUCGGAUCACCUAUUAACAAUCCACAGCAUUCAAGCAACCCUUCGAAUUUUGAACGGUGAAGUUGACACAGACGGACAUUGUGCACCUACACAAUGUGAAGUGACAUUGCAAAAGACGCCUCAACUUGUUGACAUUAUAACGCAACUUCAAAAUCUCGUUUUAUGCAGUAGACCAGAUGCGGUAUUUCCAAGUUGUGACAUUCAAUCCACCAUUCUUUCAAUAAUACUCUUUUUGAAGGAUAGCAUUCAAUGCGGAAUUGUCAAUGUCAGUGUGGGAGAGAAGAUGAUUCAACAAUUGGUUAAUCUUAAAUGUGAGGUAAUGAGACAAGGCUUGAACACUUCCACACUGACAGACACUAUUCAAGAAUUGCAACAGUACAUCGAGGAAAUGCGGUGUUCUCGAGGGCGUCAAAUGGAUCCCUGUCAAACGAGUUUAAAGGAGACGCCUAAUUUGUACAAAAUUGUUGUCAUACUUCAAAAGGCCAUCCAACACAUCAAAAAUGAUGCUCAAUUUGCAUUUUGUGAUUUGGAAUCGAGGAUUUUGGGACUGUUGAAGAUAUUGAAGGACACAUUGCAGUCCGUGUGUCCGGAUGAGAAGGUAGUGAAACGGUUGGAGAAGGUAAUGCGAUGCCUUGAAUGCGAGGUGUUCAAGCAGGGCAUACACCAAUCCGCUAUUAACUCAGCCAUCGUUGAAAUUCAACAGAGUCUACAAAAAUUGCAGACAAAUGAGCCAGGCGCGUGGAAUCAGGGUCGUGGAGUAAUUAGAGAGACACCUCAAAUCACCGAGGCGAUAGGAAAGCUGCGUGAACUCAUUCAAUGCAUGACUCCAAGCGUUUCAAUGCUAGGCUGUGAUAUUGGAACAAUGCUUGUGGGUCUGCUAGGUGUUUUGAAGAAAGCAAUCACACCGACAACUUCUAUGCCCGAGACAGUGGAAAAGAUGCGUCAAAUGCUGAAGGGUCUGGAAUGCGAAAUACGCAAUCAAGGGGCUUGUGAAUCCAAAGUCCUAGACUCCAUCCACGAAAUUCAGUACAUUUUAACUCAAAGUGCCAACACUCCUCAGAUGCCCAGUAAUGAGGCAUUUUGGAGGGCCUUGAACUCUCUAAUCACCGCCAACACUUCCAUCAAAAAUUUGGAACAGAGAUUACGUCGAGUUGUUGAGUCGCCUUUACAUUCUAAGGAGGUGUCUGUUGGAAGGGUAGUUGAAUACAGUGGAGCUUGUCAGUAUAAUCAAGAAUCAACAGCUCCUCCAUCUGCUGAAGCUCCAAUUCCAGUGGAAUAU